AUGCACAGGAAUGCUUGUCAAUGUGCCGUGGAUAUGGAUAUUACAUACGAAGACCCAUGUAAGGGAUCGCCCAAUGGAAGGAAUAAAAACGAGGGUGGGUUCGCUGAGAAACGGGAAUACACUCGUCGGAGGGAUUCAGGUAGCGACGCCGUUCUAACUUCUAGGGUGACAGAAGGGCUUGAAAGAGGACCUCGAGUCCACGUUGCCCUGACAGAGAAUACCAAGAACGGAAAUGAAGAAUCGAGGGAAGAACGUGCCUGGUCUGGCGAGUAG